AUCGGCCCCUGCAUCUGGGUACUACCCACUGUAACUUACCUACCUAGGUGCACUACGUACUGCCAGUACUACGUAACCUGCAUCACCACAUCCAGCCAGGCAAUAGGCAAGCAUUACUUACAUCUAUCCCACGGUCCAUAUCUCAUGCUCGCAUCGGCUUUUGAACCGAUUCGUGAGUCUUGUAUGUUAGGACUUUAAACCUUGUCACAUCGAAAUACACCACGCUCGCAUACUGCUUGAGGAUUCCUUCAUACAACUCGGUCAAGAUGUCUGCUUCCCUAGCACCCGAGUGUAACGAGGUCAAAGAACGAUAUGACACCUGCUUUCUAAAGUGGUACAGUGAAAAAUACCUUAGAGGUAACGGCAAGGCCGAUAGCAACGAGUGCUCGAAACACUUUGAAAACUACCAGAAAUGCUUGAAGAUCGCUCUUGAGGAACGAGGUAUAGACAAGCUCUUAGCUGAGGCACGCGAAGACAACAAAGAGAGUGACGCUAUACAUAUGAAACGCAAGUAAAAAAAAAAUAAUAAUAAUAAAAGUCCUUAGCUUUCAGGGAGAAAAGAAAGAUGCCGAGCAGCCGAUGCCUGCGAGAGAUGAUGACCAUUCCCCACACAAAGGUUGGGGCAGAGUCGGGGCUAGCAAGCAAAGAACCCCCGGCCCAGCGGUUCUGGGACGCUUUGCUUUGCUGGCAUUGGUGGUUUGCUGAUUUAUAUUGGCUGUAAUUUAUUUAUUGGAAAGCUUUCCUGCGGGAGUAGCGAAGCUAUCUUGAAACAGCAUUAGUCAGUCGGGAUUUAGUUAAAGAAGAAUACCUCGUAGUCCUUGGCAGCCUUACCGACCUACCUAGGUACUCUCGAGGUCUCGGCGAAGUAGCGGCGUCCGAAGACUGGGGUGGUAAUACGCGACAUGAAUGGUCAGCAGAUCACCAACAAGAGAAGAGACAUACUUAUAGGUAGAGGGUGUUACCAUCUCAGCUCCGUUUGAAAUAUUACUCUCAUCACGCUUCUCUC